AUUUAUUUCAGCAGGUUUUCGUGAAAUGCACUGUUCGAUUUGCAUCUGAUCCGUUCGCUCUUCAAUCGACUUUAUAAUUUGUCGUAUUUAAAUUAAACAUAAAUCUUUAAAAAUGCCUGCUAAAGCUGUAUGUGUAAUAAACGGAGAUGCGAAGGGCACCGUUUUCUUCGAACAGCAGGAUGUCAAUUCUCCCGUUAAAGUAACAGGCGAGGUCUUGGGUCUCUCCAAGGGUCAACAUGGCUUCCAUGUGCACGAAUUUGGAGAUAACACCAAUGGCUGCACAUCGGCUGGUCCCCAUUUCAAUCCAGCUGGCAAAGAGCAUGGCGCUCCAACCGACGAAAAUCGUCAUUUAGGUGAUUUGGGUAACAUUGAGGCCCCUGGUAAUGGUCCAACUAAGGUCGAAAUUACCGACAGUCAGAUUACACUUUUCGGUCCCAACAGCAUUGUCGGACGCACUAUUGUUGUGCACGCUGAUCCCGAUGACUUGGGCAAAGGCGGUCACGAAUUGAGCAAGUCAACUGGAAAUGCAGGCGCUCGUCUGGGUUGCGGUGUCAUUGGCAUUAGCAAGUCUUAAGGUGGUUUUAAGUUUCGUUUUCAAUUACAGUCAGUCAAUAAAGUUUAGGUACGGGGUUUUUUU